AGAACCAUCCACAGCUUCUAUUUUCACAAACUACUUCAAAACCGACAAGAUGGAGAAGAUGAAAGUGGUGGCUUUUGUUAUGCUCAUCUCUCUUAUUCUGCUUUCUCAGGUACUUGCAGAUCUAUCUUCAUCCAGCAACGCUGAAACCUCCUCUGUUACUCAGAUUCAGACGAACGAGGAGAACCAAGUGGAGGCAUUUAAGAGGACAUACCAUCAUCGUCCACCAUUCAAUUGUGGGUAUGCGUGCGCGAGGAGAUGCAGAGAGACGUCGAGGAAGAAAGUGUGUUACAGAGCUUGUGGAAGUUGCUGCGCCAAGUGCCAGUGCGUGCCGCCCGGAACCUCAGGCAACACAGCAUCAUGUCCUUGCUACGCUAAUCUCCGUACUCACGGCAAUAAGCUCAAGUGUCCUUGAGUCUAAAAAAACCGCUAUGUUACUUGCCCUGAUCAUCUAUACUAUGUUGUUGCUUCUUUAGUAUCUUGUGUGAGCUUAUUUCCCAUUAUGUUAUUAUCAUUAUUCAGAACAUUGUAUCAAAAUUCCGAAUAAUAAGAUGAGUGAUUUUAUUGUUAA